AUGACAUUGGAAAUUGAUCCUGUUGAAGGCAUCAUGACCCCAGAGUGGGAGGGGAACGAGGAGACCAUCGAGGAUCCUGACGAACAAAGGGUAUUACUUGCAGCAUUGAGCUCUUUUUACCAAUAUGCACGAGUCGCUCAUUUCAACACCACACAUCUCAGGAGACAAUCCUUCUAUGCUCUCCCAAGAGCUCACCUGGAACUCCUAGCCGCUCCUCCAUUCUCCUACCUCGACACUCUGAACGCUGUCGACGACGCCAUUGAUAGCAAUGCGGAUCUCUCAUUAGCUAUCUGGAAGUCAGGAGUUACUUCCUUUGGCAUCCCAGAUAGAAUCACUGCUGCGGACAGUAAAGAGAGUGACUGGCGUGGCAAAGCUACAUCUAAUGAUUUGGAGAAAGCAAGAAGUACGUUGAGACAGUUUUUCCGCGAUUGGUCGGCCGAAGGUGCAGCUGAGCGAGAAGCAUGUUACGGUCCAGUUAUCAAAGCUCUUAAAAGGGAGCAACAAUCUCGCCCCGGCCGAAGCCUAAAAGUCUUGGUUCCAGGAGCAGGUCUCGGUCGACUUGUCUUCGACCUUUGCUGUGCCAGUUUCGAUACUGAAGGGAAUGAGAUCAGUUACCACCAGUUGAUCGCAAGUUCUUACAUACUAAACCAUUGUCCGAAAGCACAAGCCCAUACACUUUUCCCUUGGGUUCACUCUUUUUCAAAUCACAGAACUCGUAUCAAUCACUUGAAGUCCGUGCUCGUGCCAGACAUCCAUCCUGCUGCGGCGUUGGGAGCCGUUGAGAAGCCUGGAGAGAUGAGUAUGAGUGCUUCGGAUUUUCUACUCUUAUAUGGAGACAAGGACCAGAAGGACUCGUUCGAUGCAGUGGCUACGGUUUUCUUCCUAGAUACGGCUCCAAACGUAAUUCGGUACAUCGAAGUGAUAAAAAACUGUCUGAAGAAAGGAGGCUUACUUGUCAAUAUUGGGCCUUUGUUAUGGCAUUUUGAGAACAAUGCCCCAGGGACUCAUGGGCGCGAGAAAGAAUUUCCUAGUGGACAGGAGGCACAAGGAAUAGCAGACCCAGGUGCUGUAGAAUUGACAGAUGACGAAGUGGUGGCAUUGAUCGAGAAAUUUGGCUUUGACAUUGAGCACAGAGAGUCAGGAAUUGCAGCGCCAUAUAUUCAGGAUGUAGAAAGCAUGUUACAAAACACAUACAUGGCUACCCACUGGGUUGCAAGGAAGCGAUGA